AACUUUCGCUGCCUGUAUUUAGUUUCAGUUUGUGCAAGCCAAUGCGGUAAAGACAAACUGCCCUAGCGGUUUCCUUUUAAUAUGUAAUAUCUUCAGAAAUAAGAUAAGGCAAUAAAUACAUUGGAGCGCGUGUCUGUGUGUUUCUUCAUCGCGAGCGUCUUGCACGCGCAACUGCGAGCUGUUCUCGUCCACAUGCUCAGUCAGCAACACAGCCAUAUUUGAGCACGAAUGCUUCGUUUUUGAUCAUAUUUAAAUUCAGUUUUCAUACUUACAGAAGCAUUGAAUAAAUAGAGGACGUCCACUCAUUCGGGGCCAUGGCCUUUCUUAGAACUGCAGCGCAGAGGGCAAUGUCAUGCCGGCAGCCCCUCUCGCCCCUCUAUCGUGCCACCACCCUUUGCUAUAGCUCCCAUUCGACGCACACCACAGAGAAAAGCGUCCCCUAUGAGAAGACCCUCAAACAGGAGGAAGGCCACAGUGGUCCCACCAAACCCCUGCCACAGACUGCAGAUGUUGUGGUGAUCGGAGGUGGAAGCUUGGGUUGCCAGACCCUUUACCACCUGUGUAAAAUGGGCUUGACCAAUGUGGUUCUGCUGGAGAGAGACAGACUGACAGCUGGUACCACCUGGCACACAGCAGGGCUUUUGUGGCAGUUAAGGCCAAGUGAUACUGAAGUCGAGCUGCUGGCUCACACACGUAACGUUGUCAGCUCAGAGCUGGAGCUGGAGACGGGCCUCGAGACGGGCUGGAUCCAAAAUGGAGGACUGUUCAUUGCUUCCAACAAGCAGCGUUUGGAUGAGUACAAGCGCCUCAUGUCGCUGGGCAAAGUAUACGGCAUUGAGUCGUAUGUCCUGUCACCAGCUGAGACCAAAGAUCUGUAUCCACUCAUGAAUGUCAAGGAUCUUUAUGGCACACUGUACGUACCUAAAGAUGGCACCAUGGACCCAGCAGGCACCUGCACCACCCUGUCCAGAGCGGCAACUGCACGUGGGGCCACUGUAAUCGAGAACUGUCCAGUCACUGGUAUCCAGGUGAAGGUUGAUCAUAUGGGUGUUAAGAGAGUAAAAGCAGUCGAAACUGCUCAUGGGACCAUUCAAACCCCAUGUGUGGUCAACUGUGCAGGUGUUUGGGCCACUAAACUGGGUAAAAUGGCAGGUGUUAACGUACCUUUGGUAGCUAUGCACCACGCUUAUGUUGUCACUGAAAGAAUCGAAGGGAUUCAGAAUAUGCCCAACGUCAGGGACCAUGAUGCAUCAGUCUACCUCCGUCUCCAAGGUGACGCACUUUCUGUGGGAGGCUACGAACAAAACCCAAUUUUCUGGGAUGAUGUGUCGGAUAAGUUUGCAUUCAGCUUGUUUGAUCUGGACUGGGAUGUUUUCAUGCAACACAUUGAGGGCGCCAUUAACCGAGUACCUGCUUUGGAAAAAACUGGAAUCAAAUCCACUGUCUGUGGCCCAGAAUCAUUUACUGCAGACCACAAGCCCCUGAUGGGUGAAGCCCCUGAAGUAAGAGGAUUUUUCCUAGGUUGUGGUUUCAACAGUGCUGGUAUGAUGCUGGGGGGAGGAUGUGGCAGAGAGCUGGCUCAUUGGAUCAUACACGGACGUCCAGAGAAAGACAUGUAUGGAUACGAUAUUAGGAGAUUCCAUCACUCCCUGAUCGACAAUAACCGUUGGAUCAGAGAGAGAAGUCACGAGUCAUACGCGAAAAACUAUUCGGUGGUGUUCCCCUUCGAUGAACCUCUGGCCAGCCGUAAUAUGAGGAGAGACCCACUUCACCAGGUACUCCAGGAUCAGGGCUGUGUGUUUCAAGAGAGGCACGGCUGGGAGAGACCAGGCUGGUUUAACCGAGACGGCCCUGCACCAGUUUUAGAUUAUGAUUAUUACGGUGCCUACGAUGUUCCCAAAAACACUGCGUACAGAUACAACGAGCUGCUUGGCAAGGAGUACACCUUUGACUUUCCUCCACAUCAUAACGUUAUUCAGGAUGAGUGUCUCACCUGUAGGAAUGUGGUAGCUGUCUUUGACAUGUCCUACUUUGGUAAAUUUUACCUGACUGGUCCAGAUGCAAAGAAGGCAGCUGAUUGGCUGUUUACAGCUAAUGUCAACAAAGCCCCAGGCUCUACAGUGUACACCUGCAUGGUUAACAAGAAGGGUGGAGUCGAGUCUGACCUUACCGUCAGUCGUUUGGAGCCCAGUGCCGCCCAGCUUCCCCUGACACCCGAAUCCAAUGGUGAUGCAUACUACCUGGCCAUAGGAGGUGGUGUGGCCCAGCAUAACUGGAGCCACAUACAGACAGUGCUCCAGAACCAGGGAUUUCGCUGCACAUUAAUAGACCACACUGAAGACAUGGGCAUGAUCAGCAUACAAGGACCCAAGAGUCGAGAACUACUGCAGGAAGUUUUGGACACAGACCUCAGCAACGACGCGUUUCCCUUCUCUACACAUAAGAUAGUAAAUGCUGCUGGACACAAGGUGAGGGCCAUGCGUCUGUCAUUUGUGGGUGAGAUGGGCUGGGAGCUUCACGUUCCUAAAGAGUCAUGUGUGCCCGUUUAUCACGCCGUCAUGGCCGCUGGUGCCAAACAUGGUGUCUGUAAUGCAGGCUACAGAGCCAUCGACUCCCUGAGCAUUGAAAAGGGUUACAGGCAUUGGCAUGCAGAUCUUCGGCCUGAUGACACUCCCCUAGAGGCGGGACUUGCGUUCACCUGUAAAAUGAAGAGCUCCAUUCCCUUCCUGGGUCGAGAGGCUUUAGAGGCCCAAAAGGCGGAGGGUCUGCGCAAACGAAUCGUGUGUUUCACUAUUGAUGAAAAAGUGCCUAUGUUUGGCCUAGAAGCUAUCUUCCGCAACGGCGUCCCCGUGGGCCACCUGCGGCGCUCUGAGUUUGGGUUUGCUAUCGACAAGACUAUUGGGUAUGGUUACAUUCGCAACCCAGAUGGCGGUGUGGUGAGCCCUGAUUUUGUCCGCAGUGGAGAAUUCACUUUGGAGAGGAUGGGUGUCACAUAUAAAGCCACAGCUCACUUGAAAUCUCCCUUUGACCCCGAGAACAAGCGUGUUAAAGGAAUCUACAGUUCUCCAUAGGAUGAGAACGAAGUGAACAAAGCCGGAAUUUAACUCUGAAGAAACUCUCAGAACUUAAGUUUUGGGCAAAGGAAGCUCAAUGUUUACAGGCCCUUUAUAAAACACUAAUAACCAUCAGCAUGCCAGAUGAAGCAAAAUGCUGUUUUUCUGUAUUUAUAGACGGUGUCAUAAAGUGGUCAUCUGCUGUUUUGGGUCAUGGAGGAAUACAGAACUAAUGUAAUGUGAAUUUUAGAAAUGACCUGGUGGUGUAUUAAGGUAGUGUUAAAACAAUGAUUCUGUACCUUAAGAAAUAGUUUACAUACAAAUUUACAU